AUGUUAUUUCGUGUGAAUUAUCUUGAGAUCCAAUUCCCCAGGAAUGAGCAGUCAAGAAAUCGAGAAACCAAUCAAAGCCCAAUCACAAGUCGUCUAAUACCGAUUUUCAAAACCAAUGCCCGUCAAAUGAGGACCGUGAAAGUCAACGGCGCCAUCCAGGUACCUUGCGGACGAUCCACGCUGGCCACUUAUAACACAGUAAUUAUCAUCGUCAUUUCAAAUCAUACACUUCAUUGGACAAGCUAUGGCUCCACUGGUAUACUAUCAACCUUGGAGGACCUGUAUUGA